AUGGGACUCAACAGCCUUUUAGCAUCGUUCUAUCCCCGUCCGACCAACCCCCCAGUCGACCUUGGAGGAAAGACAGCAAUAGUGACGGGUGCGAACUCUGGUAUUGGAUUCGAGACCGCGCGAGCAUUGGCUGCGAUGGGUGCUCAUGUCGUUCUUGCCUGCCGAAACGAACUGCGAGGCCAAGAGGCGAGAAAACGGAUUGUCCAGCUCACCGGAAAUCCGCAUGUCGACUUGGAAAUAGUCGAUUGCGCGUCGUUUGGGAGUGUUCGGGCGUUUUUGGAUAGGUGGGAACAGAGGCACGUCAGGACGGUGGAUAUUCUAGUCAAUAAUGCGGGGAGUCUCAGCGGUACGGUAUCUCUCACCAAAGACGGGUUUGAACAGACCUAUCAAUCGAACCAUCUUGCGCAUGUUUUGCUCACCCACGAACUGCUCUAUCGUGGAUACUUUUCCCCCACUGGUCGGAUUGUAUCAUUAUCGUCUGGAGGGCUUUAUCUUAGCAGCCCAUUGAACGAGAACAACAUCAGUGGCCAGGAUGUCCUUUCGCGCUACGACCAUGAGAUCGGCAGGAGGAUAUCUCCGGAGGAUAUGAUCCAACUAUACGUUAGGACCAAACUAUCUCAGGCCAUGUGGACAAUCGCAUUACAGCGGAAAUUGAGUCUGAGCAAGGAAUGGAAAGAUAUCACGGUCCACUGUUGCCAUCCAGGGCCCGUACAGUCCCCGAUUUGGAGACAGCCGAGUGGCGCUGGAGCGACGUUUGGGAUCACAGUUGAUGUUCUCCGGUUCAUAGCCGAUCGGUUCGGUAUACCCAGCGAGCAAGGGGCGAUCACCCCAGUAUGGCUCGCUACUGCUCCCGAGCCUGCAUCCGAGUCCUUGAGGGGGAGGUACUGGGAUAGGAAACAGUGGCAGUGGUUGGCGCCCUGGGCCUUGGACGAGCAGCGACAGGAGAAGCUUUGGGUCUGCGUGUCUGCCAUUCCUCUUGUGACACGUGCGACCGAUGAAUCGAACCCGUUUGCGGGAAAGACCUUCUAUGGAAAUGCUUAUUACCGAUCGCUGGUCGAGACCGAAGUCGGUCGGCUAAAAGCAGCGGGCAAAACCGAGCUCGCGGCCAAAGCGGCCAAAGUCGCCCAGAUCCCGGUCUUUAGCUGGAUAUACGACACUUCGUCCGUGAACGAUAUCACCGGUUAUCUCGAGGACGCUGCGGCUAUACAGAAAAAGACCGGGAAGAAACAGAUUGUCCAGCUCGUGAUCUACAAUCUUCCCGAGCGCGAUUGUUCCUCCAAGGCCGCUGCAGGCGAACUGCAUCUUACGACUAGUGCUGCUGGUGUGACCCCCUAUCAGAAACUCCUCGAAUCCGCCAAGUCGCAGAUCCAGAAGUUCCCGGACAUCGCGGUUGCGAUUGUUCUAGAACCCGAUUCCAUCGGCGAUCUCGUCGCGAGUAACAGUGUAGCCAAGUGUAAAAACUCAGCAAAAGCCCACAAACAACUUUUGAGCACUGCGAUCGCCACACUUCAGCUUCCAAACGUUAGCCUAUACCUCGACGGUGCUCACGCUGGAUGGCUCGGAGACAGUUUGGCUCCCACUGCUGCGCUCCUCGGCGAGAUUCUCCAGGACGCGAGGAUAUACCAUGCCAAUGCGACCGUUCGUGGACUUGCGACCAACGUCAGCAAUUAUAAUGGAUUGGGUAAUCAGAAAGAGGUAGGGAGGGACGAAUUGAAGUAUAUCAAGGCCCUUGCGCCUUAUUUGGAGAAAGUCGGGUACCCAGCACACUUUAUUGUUGACCAGGGCCGAGCUGGAAACCAAAAGGCACCCCACGGGGACGGCGAAGAAUGGUGCAACUUCAAGUACGCUGGAUUCGGUCUUCGCCCGAUGGUUACGACCCACCCUUUAGUCGAUGCGGUCGUUUGGGUCAAGCCGGGUGGAGAAUCGGAUGGAACGACCGAUACUUCGUCGUCGCGCUUUGACACUGCUUGUACUUCCCCCGCAUCCUAUGUCCCCAGUCCAGAAGCAGGUGACUGGCACUCGGUGAGAUAUAAGGAGGGGGAGCAAGAGAGCACCGAACUACUCCGAGGACAAAAGGUUGUUUUGAUCGGAGGGUCAUCCGGCGUUGGAAAGUCGAUUGCCGUUGCAGCCGUAGACUACGGCGCGUCCGUAGUGAUAGCUUCGUCAUCCUCCGACCGAGUUCAGGCUGCUGUUGAGCUCUUGAAAAAGGGAGCCAAGGAUCCUGGUGUGUCCAUCACGGGCCAGGUUAUCACUGCUGGUCGGUUUCCGGGUGUUAUGCGCUUUCCUCAUGAUGAGAUUGGUGAGGCGUUCAAGGGAAGUUUCGAUGCCUAUUAUUGGCCUUUGGUAACUGCUGCCCAGCAUAUAUACAAGAAUAACUUGAUGAGGCCCGGAGGUUCUAUCACUAGUACAAUCGGUACGACCUGUGAUCGUCCGCUCCCUGGAUGGUCACUUUUGUCUGGACCGGUGGGUGCGGUUGCCAGCGUGACUCGUGGACUGGCAGUCGAUCUAAAGCCGAUUCGUUCCUUGGGGUUGGUCGAUACAGAAAUAUUUGACACACUUCCAGGAGAAAUCAAGGAGGGCAUAUUCAACUCACAGUUAGAAAAGUUGCCUGUUGGACAUGUCGGUCUUCCCAGCGAAGUAGCGGAAGCGUACAUAUUUGCGAUGAAAGUAACCUUCGCACUCCUAUCGCCCAUAACAAUUGCCCAUCGGACUACCCGUCGUUCGUUGAAUUUUAGACCUCCUCGAGAGGUUUAUUUCCAGACUGACCAAUUCUCAAUUCUCGAUUCAUCUGACCCUCAUCAAACUGCUCGUGUUUUCCUCAACAAGCUUGCUUAUCCUGACGAUGGUUAUUUUAUCCGCAAGGACUCUUACACUGAUGCGAAUACCGGUAUAUCGCACAUAUAUGUUCGUCAAGUAGUGAAUGGAUUAGAAGUCGCUGAUGGAAACAUCAAUCUCAAUAUUCGUAACGGACAAGUUUUGAGUUACGGAAACUCGUUCUUCGAUGGCUCCGCAAGUCUUUCUUUAAUUUCAGAACCAAGUUGGCACCAAGCGGUCUAUUGCUCUGAGGCUACUACUCAUCCUAACGAUCCAGCGUGCGGCAGUACUCUUCGCCGCCUUCAGAAAAGCAUUUCAAAUUACCCACUCAUUUCCAAUAGUUUCUCCAAAGAUCCGCGUGCUGCUGCCUAUUUCUUCUUGGAGGUCGCUCACCCCGACUUAGCGUCUCUUGGCAUUUACCUCGGCGCUCUUAAAGCUGAGCGUCACGAAUGCACUGAUCCAUUCGAGGAAGAGAUAUCUUGCAGUGGCUGGUUGGUGACCGAACUCUCAAACAAGCUGGAACCUAUUCAUGCCCGUCAAGUUUAUGUUCAGACGCCGGCUGUCGAUGGAUUUACUAGUCUAGUCCUGGCCUGGAGACUGGAAGUUCUACUCCCCGAUAACCAUUACGAAGCUUACGUUUCCGUCAAUGACCCCUCCAAGAUUAUCUCUGUGACCGAUUGGGUCGUUGAUGCUCCUACACCGAAUAACGAUGGCUGGAUUAGCUCCCUGCAGCAGAAUGUAUUUGGUCAGCACCAAGAAGUUCUUCAGUCUCAAGAUCCCAUCGCUGCCGAUCCUGAGCUUAGUCUGAACGUACUAAAACCUACCCAACGGCUGGUACCUACCGCGUUUGGAGGUGGGGCAUCAACGACCCGGAAAGAGCGCAUCUCCGCUUGGGUGGCACUCAAUACCUGCAAGUCACGACCCUCUCAAUCGUCAUCCGACCUUGACGAUGACGUGCUCGUCAAUUUUACAUCGACACUUGGGAACAAUGCUUUUGCACAAGAGAACUGGGAUAAAACCACAGAAUGGAAAGCUAACGGUCGACCCGACGGUGGUCUUGGGCUAGUUUUUGACUUUGAUUAUGGCGCCGACCCAUCUGAAUCUGACUGGGAGAGUGUAGAACCCAGGCAAUACAGGGACUUGUCGAUCACUCAGCAAUAUAACUUUGACAAAGGCGGCGCCGAGGGCGAUGCCGUGAUUGUGGACGCUCAAGAUAGCGGUGGCUUCAAUAACGCAUUUUUCUCGACCCCACCUGAUGGACGAAGCGGUCGGUGCCGCAUGUUCCUCUGGAAUACUGCGAAGCCAUUCCGAGAUGGUGGACUAGAUGCAGGAAUCCUUAUUCACGAGCUUUCUCACGGACUGUCAACCCGGCUGACAGGAGGUCCCCGUAAUUCGGCUUGCCUAGACGAACGCGAAGCAGGAGGAAUGGGCGAGGGGCGCAUGGGCUGCCAAUACGAGGCCAGGUAUAAGGCACUUCCCAUAUUCGGUAAACUCAACCGGAAUCCAUCGCUAUAUGAUUUCCUGCAACGUAUUGACUACCGGCGAGAAGUCCACGCCAUUGGAGAAGUCUGGGCAGAAAUCCUUUGGGUCGUAUCUAAUAAGCUAAUCGAAAAGCAUGGGUUUUCCGACUCUCUCUUCCCAUCCUCCGAUCCCAAUUUUUAUCGGUUUGUCACUCUUAAAGAUGGUAUGAUUUCCAGGGUACCUAAACAUGGGAACUCGCUCAUGCUGCAGUUGAUUGUCAAUGGCAUGAAGACGCAGCCUUGCAAUCCCACAUUCCUCCAGGCUCGCGAUGCCAUCAUCGCAGCUGAUGAUGCUCUUACCGCAGGCGAAAAUAAGUGCACACUCUGGAAAGCAUUUGCCUCCCGUGGUUUGGGCAAGGAUGCGAAAAGGCUUGUGGAUAGUCCUCGACCAAGUAUUAAUGGGUUCAAAGUGCCCCCAGAGUGCAACUGA